CAGAGGAGGACAACCUGAAUGAAUGCUUGAGGAAGUUUUUUCAGUGAUUGGAAAAGCGGACAAGACAUGGACCUUUGACUACAAGGCAACGUCAUUUUGGCAUUUUCUUUUACCGGAACAUCUUUUAUGCAGGAGAGAAUAAUAACUUUAAAAACUCAACACCGCCUGGAUGGUUAGAUGAAGGCAAUGACUUCCCAAGGUCCCUGACUAAUGAAGCUGUAAAAUGACUGCUCUAAGACUGCCGGGCUGAGCAGCCGGACCUCCCGCAGCUGUGUUGUGGCUCCCUCUGCUGUGCGACUAAGGAAGGCCACGAGUAGCAGGCAGUAUGGACUACAAACUGGAGGAAGGGAUGAACGCUGUCAUCGUCAGACACUACAACCACACAGGGAAGUGGGAUCCGUUUCGCAGCAUCGAGGCCUGUAAGCUGGCCGUGCUGCUCUUCAUCUGCGUGCUGAUCGUCCUGGAGAACGUCAUGGUCCUGCUCGCCCUCUGGAAGAACAAGCGCUUCCACAGCCGCAUGUACUUCCUCAUUGGAAACCUGGCGCUGUCAGACCUGCUGGCUGGUGUGGCCUAUGCAGUGAACAUCUUUACUUCAGGAAAGAACACCUACUACCUGACGCCGGUGCAGUGGCUGGCCAGAGAAGGGAGCAUGUUUGUGGCCCUCAGCGCCUCAACCUUCAGCCUUCUGGCCAUUGGGAUCGAGAGGCACAUGACGAUGGUGCGUCUGCGUCCCUGUGAGACGGCGGGUCGAGGGAGGCUCCUGGGACUGCUGGCAGCCUGCUGGCUUGUGUCAGUGCUGCUCAGUGCUCUGCCCAGCCUAGGGUGGAACUGCCUGGACAAUGUGACCUCCUGCUCCACGGUGCUGCCGCUCUACGCUAAGAGUUACGUGGCCUUCUGCAUCAGUGUCUUCAGUGCUCUGUUGGUGGCCAUCAUCAUCCUCUACAUCAGGAUCUACCGCCUGGUGACCUCCAGCGGUCGCAGGGUGAGCAGUCGGCCUUCGGAACGCUCACUGGCCCUGCUGCGGACGGUGGUUAUUGUUCUUGGGGUGUUUGUCAUGUGCUGGGCGCCGCUCUUCCUCCUGCUGCUGCUGGAUGUGGGUUGCAGCCCAUAUAAGUGCCCUGUGCUCUACAAGGUGGACUGGUUCAUCGCUCUGGCUGUGCUCAACUCUGCCCUCAAUCCUCUGAUAUACACCCUGUCCAGCAGGGAGAUGAGAGCAGCCUUCUUUCGGCUGCUGUGCUGCUGUCAGAGCAGUUUGGAGUCAACUGGCUCUCCUGUCGUGGGCAACCUCAACCUGGGCACGGUCAUCCCCACAGCAGAGAACAGCAAGACCAGUCUGGGUGGAGGAGGGGGCAGUGGUACUGGCAAGUCCACACUGAACAGAGGGAAGGCUCCAACGCCUAUGAACUCGGACAACAAGAAUGGGGAUCCCUCUGCCACUGCUGUGCCGCACCACUCCGGGCCCACAGACCUGCUCUCAGCCGUGUUGGUGAAGGCGCGGCCGCCCCUCAGCAAGUUCUGAGUGGAAGCACUUUAACGAGGCCUUAACGUCAAAAAGACAUAGACGUAGAACUGACACAAUCCUGCUAUCAGCCACUUUUUGUUUAUGCACUAUGACCAGGGUAGCAUGGAUGUGAAUCAGUGGACCAGAUAAUUCCAGAUUGUAGAUUAUGGUACAAUCCAAAUCGUUAAAGCCACUUUUUACAAUACUUCAACAUUAUUGCUCACAUUACCAGAGUGACUGAAAGCUUGAAAUAGUUUGACACAGUGAUCAAAUUGAACAUUUCAAAACUAUGAAAAGUAAGAGGACAGUUUCUUGGACCCGGAUUAAACCAAGCCCCAAAUGAAAUGCUGUGAUACUUUAGAGAUAUUUGUGGGCGUUGCCUUGCCUGGAAUUUCAGGACUGUAGCCAAUUUUUUUUUACUUUGUUUAGCUCAGAAUAUUUCCCUUCAUCCAGCCGUUUAUCGUUAUGAAACUGAACGUCAGUAAAAUAACAUGUCAGUUUUAAACUAACAUGUAUAAUGAAGCGGCAGGACCAAUCAAAGAGGGUUCACGGGAUAAUACUCAUGUCUUGUUGACUGACAGGUCUAUGUCAAUAAUUUAAUUGAUGGGAUCACUUUGCCAAAUGCUAGCUCACGUUAAUAAUGGAUAUACAUAGAUUCUUUUACCAGGUAAAGGGGUUGAAAAUGUAGCACAAACAUCCAUUGAUGCUGAGCCAUAAAAACAAGGUAGUUAAAUGUCUGUAUGUUACAUGAACAUGAUAUGAGAAGAGCAUAUGCAAUACACAGCUCACUUUGUAUUGCACUGCAGCUAAUAUCUAUGGAAGUGAUCAAUAGUCAUACAGUCCUGGUGUCGUAUAAGUUAUUAAGACAAAUCUAUUUGGAUUUAAUUGAUCUGGUGCCGUAAAGACAGUGACAAGACCCAGGCAAGUUGCCUAAUAUUGUCAGAUGACAAUUACCACGGCUUCCAGAAGACAAAAUGUAGCUGAGUUGAUAACGUUAGAUACAAAGUUGGCUCACUCAUGAAAGAUGUCAGAUCAAACUGUAGAAUAAACACAGAAUCCAUAUGAAUUAGAUCUGUCACGCUAACACAUCGUGGUUAUAAAAGAUAAAGUGGUAAAUUGGUAGAAAGGGUCAAACUCACAUUAUAUGUGUUACAUGCGUCCAAUCAUACAGUAGUGAGAGCUACUACUUAUUGAAGUUUGGCUAACUAGGAAGAAUUAAUGCAUUGACCGAUGCCUUUCACCUGUGAAAUGUAGAUGACAAAUUUCAGAGCAACAACAACAAUAACAAUGAUAGAUGAUAACAAUAACAAAUAAUAAACCAAGUUUUACAUUUUAUCGUAGCUCUCUAACGUGCAGUAACAGAAGUAUUUACGUUUUGAUGGAGAAGAAUCUGGGCUCAGCUCCUAAUGUUUAACAGUCCAGUCAACGCCCGCUGUUAAUAUCAGUAACAGUAUUAUUAUAUUCAUCAGUGUUGUGUCUGUCAAUGUGUUUCUUUUUUUCAUUAUAUGCAGGGCACUUUGUUUAACCUUGUUUUUUCUCCGUGCUAUUUGAAGAUUCUUUUAAAACAGCAGCAUUUCAAAUCACAGUUGGCAAACUAUUUAUUUUCUAUGAAAACAUUUGGCAUCUUUGUGCGUGCGUAAACCCCCUCAUGGUACUUGGACUUACUUCAUGAGUUUUGUUAUGAUUUGAGAUGCACUGUAAGACUUUGUCAGACCAGCGGCCUCUUGAGGCUGUGAUGCUCAUCACACACCAGAAAACCAAACCUGUUACAUGGAUGUUAUUACUAGCUUCUUACCACUUGUGGGCGAGAUUAUCACGUUUGCCCUGAAGGUGGCGCUACAGGAAAAGCAACGUUUUUUACAUGAAGUCGGAAGAGAUUCUGGUUUUAUUAUAACCACCAGUUUCAGACAUGUCAGGCUGCAGCUCUGUCAGUUGGUUCCUCUUUCAUCUGUUUCAGCUGUAAUAGCCACACGGAAGGACCUCUCUCUCUUCUCAGCAGCACGUGUAUAAACCACUCCGUCAACUAACCACUAGUGACUGAAAUGAGCGCUGGAUGUGAAUAAUUUAAUGGUGGACUGUAAAUGACAAUUCUGCCCUGGGUGAUGUAGUGCCUUAUACGAUUAUAUAGCGAAAUAAAAUCCCAUUCCCCUUUUAA